AAAAAGCAGCCGAGACCGAGGAGGGGACGGUGCAGAUCCAGGAAGGCUCGGUGGCCACGGGCGAGGACCCCACGAGCGUGGCCAUCGCCAGCAUCCAAUCGGCCGCCACCUUCCCCGACCCCGGCGUCAAGUAUGUGUUCAGGACCGAGGGCGGCGGCACGCAGGUGAUGUACCGGGUGAUCCAGGUGGCUGACGGGCAGCUGGACGCGCAGACCGAGGGCACCAGCGCCAUCAGCGGCUACCCGGCCACACAGUCCAUGACACAGGCGGUGAUCCAGGGCGCGUUCACGAGCGAGGAGCAGGUGGACUCGGAGGCGGCUCCCAGCGAGACGCACUACACCUACUUCCCCGCGGCGGGUGUGGCCGACGGCGCCGCCGCCACCGCCGCCACGGCCGCCACCGCCGUGGUGACCACGCAGAGCUCCGAGGCGCUGCUGGGGCAGCCCACGCCCACAGGGCAGUUUUUCGUGAUGAUGUCACCACAGGAGGUGCUCCCGGGGGGGGCCCAGCGCUCCAUCGCCCCCCGCGCGCACCCCUACUCCCCGAAGUCGGAGGCUCCCCGAGCCACGCGGGACGAGAAGCGCCGGGCACAGCACAACGAAGUGGAGCGCCGGCGCCGGGACAAGAUCAACAACUGGAUCGUGCAGCUGUCCAAGAUCAUCCCCGACUGCUCCAUGGAGAACACCAAAUCCGGACAGAGCAAGGGCGGGAUCCUGUCCAAGGCCUGCGACUACAUCCAGGAGCUGCGGCAGAGCAACCUGCGGCUGAGCGAGGAGCUGCAGGGCCUGGACCAGCUGCAGAUGGACAACGAGGUGCUGCGCCAGCAGGUGGAGGAGCUGAAGAACAAGAACCUGCUGCUGAGGGCGCAGCUGCGCCAGCACGGGCUGGAGAUCGUCAUCAAAAACGACACCCACUGACCCCCAAAAACCCCCAAAACUCACCCCAAAAAUCCACCCAUUCCCACACCCCCCCCAUUCCCGCACCCCAAAAACCCCUCGGGACCCCCCCCCCAAAAAAACCCCUCCCCCA